AUGUCCCUAGUGUCAAGAGGACUUCGAUCAGGUGCUUUAGAUAAUCCCCGAGCAGCACAAGAGAUUUUAAGAUCGAUGGGCCAUGAUAUGUCAAUUAAUGGCAUCCGCAAGUCAUUGAGACGAAAUGGACUUAAAUCUCGUAGAAAAGUAAAGACCAAUUUUGUUAGCAAGACAAACAAGCGGCUUCGAUUGGCGUGGGCUAAAAAGCAUAGGCAUCUUACUAUUGCUGAUUGGCGUCGUUGGGUGUUUUCGGAUGAAACAAGAAUAAACCUUUGA